AUGAGGACACUCGUGUCCCCAAGGAGAUUGUCCCUCCGUUUCCAGUGGGACCUGCAUGUCCCCAAGGAGAUUGUCCCCUCCAUCAGGACACCUGGCAAUGGGGACAACCUCAGGGCCGUGCCAGCCGCCCCUUGUCACCUCGAGGUCCCCCAGUCACGCGGUGAUGCCGUUUCCCCUCCCGUGAGCCCCUUUGGGGCCAAACGGCCGCGUUUUGGGGCCGUGGGGCUGGGGCUGACAGCGGUGGCCUUCGUCCCCCAGCUCAUCCUCUUCGGGCUCAGCAACCAGAUGGUGGUGGCCUUCAAGGAGGAGAACACGGUGGCCUUCAAGCACCUCUUCCUCAAGGACUACGUGGACGGCGCCGACGACUCCUACGCCGUCUACACCCAGCGCGGCCUCUACGAGCGCGUCUUCUACGCCCUGGACAAGUCCUUGGCCAUCCCCAACGAGACCAUGGGCUGCUACACCUACGAGUGGAGACACAGGGGAGGGGACAUUGUCACCCAACAGCCACCCCUGGGUGUUGGCAGUGCCCUGGUGACAAUGUCCUGGAUGUCCCCUGUGCUCCAGGAGGGGACAUUGUCACCCAACAGUGUCCCCAGUGUCCCCUGUGUCCCCAAAUGUCCCCCAUGUCCCCAAAUGUCCCCAACGUCCCCCAUGUCCCCACAGAACUUCUCCGGGUACGACGUGUGCAGUAUCCUGCUGGGCACGUCCACGCUGCUCGUCUGGGUCGGGGUCAUCCGAUACCUCACCUUCUUCCAGAAGUACAACAUCCUCAUCGUCACGCUCCGGGUGGCCCUUCCCAACGUGAUCCGGUUCUGCUGCUGCGUGGCCGUGAUCUACCUGGGCUACUGCUUCUGUGGCUGGAUCGUGCUGGGCCCCUACCACGACUUUGGAUGGGCAGAGCCCCCCCCGGCCAUGGGGCAGAGCGAGUCAGAGCCGCAGGAUGAGGCCGAGGACGGGCCCCUGAGGGCGGUGCUGCCGCGGUUCUUGACCGACCGGCUCCCGACCAGCGCGGUGACUCCCAGGGAUCCCGGGUGGCUCUGUGGGGUCCCAGGUGACUCCCAGGGAUCCCGGGUGGCUCUGUGGGAUCUCGGGUGUCCCCCAGUGAUCCCGGGUGGCCCCGGGGCGCCCCGGCCGUGCCGCGGUGGUGACGGGGCGCGCUCUGGGCAGGACGUGAGCCUGCACUUCGUGCUCUGGGGGUGCCUGCACGUGUACCAGCGCAUGAUCGACAAGGCGGAGGACGUGUGCCUGUUCCUGACGCAGCCCGGCGAGCUGGUGGGGCAGCUGGCCGUGCUCACCGGGGAGCCCCUCAUCUUCACCAUCAAGGCCAACCGCGACUGCACCUUCCUCAAGAUCUCCAAGUCCGACUUCUACGAGGGAAUCCUCGGCGAGGAACGUUCGGGAAUCUCGCGCUGGGUGGAGGCCCUGACCAGGCAGCCCCGGGCCACCACGGUGCACGCGGUGAGGGACACGGAGCUGGCCAAGCUCCCCGAGGGCACCCUAAACAACAUCAAGCGCAGAUACCCCCAGGUACCCCCCCAGACCCUCCAGGGCCUGGGCGUGGCCUCCAGCUCGGAGCCCAUCAACCCCACCAGCAACCUGUCGACGGUGGCGGUGCUGCCGGUGUGCGAGGAGGUGCCCACGGCCGCCUUCACGCUGGAGCUGCAGCACGCCCUCACCGACGUCGAGGGAGUGGUUGGACAUGGGAGUGGUCUGCCCGGGGAGGUGGUGGAAUCCCUGGGCCUCUCUGAGAAGAACCAUGGAUGUGGUGCCAUGCUGGAGCAGAUGCUGGAGAACACGGCGGUGCGGGCGCUGAAGCAGCUGGUGCUGCUGCACCGCGAGGACGGGCCCAGCCCGGCGCGCACCGUGGAGUGGCUCAACAUGCGCAGUUGGUGCUCGGGGCACUUCCACAUCCGCUGCCCCCGGCGCGUCUUCUCCCGCCGGAGCCCCGCCAAGCUGCGGGAGAUGUACGAGAAGGUGUUUGAGAAGGAGCCCGACCGCCACAGCGACUUCUCCCGCCUGGCGCGGGUCCUCACCGGCAACACCAUCGCCCUCGUCCUGGGCGGCGGCGGCGCCAGGGGCUGCUCCCACAUCGGGGUGAUCAAGGCCAUGGAGGACUACGUGCGAGCCAGCAUGACCCUCUCGGGGUACCUCCCGCCCCUCUGCGACCCCAAGGACGGCAACUUGCUGAUGGACGGGGGUUACAUCAACAACCUGCCAGCCGACAUCGCGCGCAACAUGGGGGCCAAGACGGUGAUCGCCAUUGACGUGGGCAGCCAGGACGAGACCGACCUGUGCAACUACGGAGACAGCCUGUCCGGCUGGUGGCUGCUCUGGAAGCGCCUCAACCCCUGGGCCGAGAAGGUCAAGAGGAGCCUGGGGGGGUGGCUGGAUCAAUCUUAG